AGGCCCCUCCGUCCCCCCUCCGCAGCCUACAGCGUCCUCCAGCCUCCACCGCCUGCGGGACACCUCCUGGCGAGCCGGCACCAUGAGCAUCGAGGAUUUUGUAGGCAAGUGGACCCUCGUCCUCACCGAAGGCUUUGAUGACUACAUGAAGGAAUUAGGUGUGAAUUCAGCCCUGAGGAAAAUGGGGGGCAUAGCCAAACCAGAUGUAUACAUCAUCAAGAAUGGAGAUACAAUCACCAUAAAAACAGAAAGCACCCUUAAAUCGUCACAGCUCAGCUUCAAGCUGGGUGAGAAAUGUGAGGAAAAGACAUUAGACGGCAGGAAAGUUCAGACUACUGUCAACUUAAAUGGUAACACAUUGACUCAGCUCCAGCAGUGGGAUGGCAAGGAGACCACAAUAACACGGAAGAUAGAGGAUGGGAAACUGGUGGUGGAAUGCGACAUGAAUGGUUGCAAGUGUAAGAGAAUCUACGAGAAAGCAUGAGGACAUUGUCUCCAUACUGGGUUGGAGCUUGCUACAAACCAGCUCAGUUUAGCAAACAAAGCUCCUCUACUCUCCAGUUUUUUUUUCUAUUCCCUGUUUUGUAGUAUUUCAGUGGACUGCAUAGCUGUGGGCAAUCAUAUUUCAAAGCCAUGAUGUAACUAUUCUGAACGGUUGUGGCUGUUAAAUAAAAUUUUCAGAUAUAUGAAGUGGA